AUGCCCCCCGCUCGGCUGACCACCCUUGUCACGCCGCUCAUUCGGUCAUCUUCUCUUCGCUUCAUGCUUGGUGGCGCGGCUUCCUCGUGGCUUCAUGACCUUCCGUGGCUCGCCCGCCAUUCACACGCAUCACCUGUGCAUGGCAUCCACCGUGGCUUGAUGCUCCGAUUUGGCGGUAUGGACCGUUCGGCACUCGCCUCCACGUUGGCCGAAUUUCGCGCUCCACGCGCCCUCGCCUUUCUCUCGCUCCUUCUCGCCGCCGCUGCAUCCGCUCUCGACCUCGCUAACUUUGCCGGCGCAUUUUGGCUGGCGUGGGCUCCAAUUUCGCACACACGCCCGCUCGCUUGCGUCUUUCUCUCGGCCACCCACUUUACCGAUCCUUUCAGCGCAGCCAACCGCACCAGGAUCAGCCCUGGCGCCAGCGAUCCCUCACGACUCGGCGCUUCCUCUUUUGCCGGAGACGCAGAGGCGUACGAUCCAAAGUCGUCGCCAUCCUCGACCGGCCCGAGCCCUUCGCCUUCCUCGUCGCUCAGCCAAGCAGCAGCUACACACAGCCGCCGCAGCACCCUCGACCAGCUCCAACCCUCCACCUCGCCCACCUCACCCCCGUCGGCACCGGGCAAGCACUCGCGAUCCGACCAGUCGCCCUCUCCCACCCGCUCCUUCAAGCAUUCGCGCAUCGCAUCCGACGACCACAGUCCCCCAUCCGCUUCCGCAUCGGCGACCACACCAGCUGAGCCGGUCGCUACACCAUCGGCCGCGCAACCACCACCACAAUCGCACUCGCAAGGCGCUUCUCAGCAUCCCGCCUCCGCGUCGUCUGUCCAUGCCAGCACUUCGCCUCCCGCAGCUAAUGCGUCUCUGAGCACCUCCUCGCCCGGCUUCUCCCUCAGUCCUCCCUCCGCAGCCGCCUACAAGGCUCUCGGCCGAAGCUCCUCCAAAAGAAUGUCGUUCGACACCGCCCCUUCCUUCUCCAGCCCGCUCGCCUUUGCCUCCAUCCUGCCGAACGACGACGACAUCAACGACGAUGAGGCGCAACUCAACCACGACGACGCCCCGGCUCCUGCAUCGGCUACAUGGAUGCCUCGCGCACGAGGCUCAACCUCCUCUUCUCAGGGAAGCGUCGCCCACCAUCUCUCGCCCACUUCGCCCUCGUCCAUAUCGUCCGCCUCCUCGUCACAACCUGGUCGUCGCCAGCGCAGACAGACCGGCUCCGACUCGGCCGCAUCUGAUACAGUCGACGAGGCAUCACAGCGUUCGAGUGCUCGCAGAGACGUCUCCCAAACAGCAGCAGGUGCAACGCCGACGACAGCCGAGGGCGCUGCAGCCGCCGCCGCGACAGGUGCCUCACCGUUGGCUCGCACAUCCAUCCGACUCGACCGCGAGCGCGCCACCUCCAACCCACUACACAGGGCGGUGACCGGCGCGUCCAGGCUCAAUCGCACCCCAUCGCGUCACUCGCCCUUCCAGAGCUUUGGCGUCGUCGACGACGAUGCUUCUUCGGUCGCUUCUGACGACGUCGCCACCACAGGCUCCAACCUCACUCGCAAGUCGUCCGUCACCAGCUCCACCGGCUCCAUGGGCCCGCCCGCCGUGCCGAGGCGCAUCGCAGCCGGCGCCACAGGCUCGCCCGCUCUCGAGCCCGUCGAUCGACCCGCCUCCACCAUCGCCAUGGGCAAGCGCAAGGAGGACUCCUCCUUGGGACUCGGCAUUCCGCUCAACCCAUCGCCCCUCUCCUCGGGCUCCUCUGUGGGGCUGCCCGCUUCCAGCUCCUUCCACUCGGGCUCGCCUACGCUCGGCUGGGACACGCGCGGCGCACGCAGCUCCUCCGGUGCCUUUGCACCCUCGAGCUUCGGCGCCGCUGCUGCUUCCACCACUCCAUCCAACACCACCGCGGGAGGCAGCGCCAUCCUCCACUCGACGCGUCGAAGGCGCAUGACCUCGUCGUCGCUCAGCUCCAGCGCACAUCGACGCGCACGCUCCUUAGGUGGCGUCUUGCUCGGCGAAGGCGCCGUCUCGCCCGUCGGCGGCCCGGAUGGCGUCGAUCCCAACCUCAUCGCGGCGAUCGAGUCCGGUAGUCCCAGCAUUCCGCUGCCGGUCCCAAUCCCAAACGCGCCCACCUCGCACCGCUCAGGUAGCGUCAGCUCGUCAGGCACUCAGGGCGCGGCGUCGUCGCUCUCCAGCUCGAGCCUCGCACCUUCCUCGGUCCCCUUUGGCUCCUCCCUCGUCGCACGCGCCUCGUUGCAUCGCAAGAGGAACUCGCAGGUCAUCGACGACGACGACUUGCCCAGAGGCGACUCGUCAGGCUCACAGCCGUCUCCUGGAUACACCAGAUCGAGGGUGCGCAGCCAGACCUUGGGUGUGCCGCCGUCGUCGUUAGCUCCAGCUUCGGCGACCUCUCCUGCCGAGGCACCAUCUACGAUGCUGGCACCCAGCCCUUCGGGAAAGAGCACAGGCUCGGCGGGUCUGGCCGAUGCGAUCCGGCUGCAGCGCGUGCCGACAGCCGUGCGUCUGGCAGGCGAUCUUUUCGUGCCGGCUUCGCCCUCGCCACGCACGAUGCCCAAGAGCGCCUCCACGGCGUCGAUGGAAUCACCUCUGGGACGCUGGUCCAGCCACAAUCAGCACGGAGGCUCGCUCGCCUUGGGCAGCUCUGGUCAGGGCCACGGCCUCGGCCUCGGUCUCACCUCGGACGCGCCGUCUGCAUCGGCGCAGAGCAGUCGCCUCAACGUGCCACAGACGCCCAAUGCCACGCGCAGCAACUCGCCGCUCGCCUCAGAAUACACCUACAGCGCCGACGAUGCCGCCAUCGCCUCGGGCCGCACUUCGCCUGCAGUCGAACGUCUUCGCGCCGAUGGUCUCGCCAUGCCCGGGCACGACAGCCGCGGACAGCCUCUGUCGGUCUCGAUCCCCAUCGGCAGGGACUACGGCCCGACGGCAAGCCUGCCCGGCUCAGCCAUCUUCGGCUCGCGAUCGCCCGGCGUGCCGCCUACUGCGACGGAUCACCUUGAUGUGCCGACCAGCGUGCCUCGUCAUGCAGGUCUGUCGGCAAGCACCAGCGCCUACUCGCCGCUUCUUUCGCUUGGCGCCUCUUCGGCUCAGACGAGUCCCACCACCACACGCCGGCCGACGCUCUCGCCCAGUCGGUCCUCUACCCAGCGCAUGUCGUGGGGAGCGCAAGAGCUCUUUGACAGCCUUGUGGAGACCAACGAAGCAAGCGAGGACGGCCGGAGCAACACGCCCGUCUCGAGCGACAAGCCGGCGCCGUGGAUCGCGUCCACGCAGGACGCGCCGCCGCGUACCUCGCUUGCGCCAGCCGCGGCGACCAUCAGCCAGAGGCGCGCAACGCAGUCCAACCUGUCGAGCUCGUUCGGAUCGAAUGCGCUCCUCGCCAUUCCGCCGCCCGCGCGCCGCGUGCAUCGGCCGAGCGAUGCUGCGCUCUUCACGCCCGGUGGCAUUUCGCCCGCCGCGUCCAACCAGCCGCUGUCGGGCACCGACGAAUACGCGCGCAUCAUCAUUCAGAGUCGCAACGCCAAGAUGCAAAAGUGGCGCGCACAGAAUCCUUCGCGACUUGGACGCGGCGAUGCGGUCGCAGCCGCUGCGCCCGGACGUGCAGGGCAGGAUCGCUCCCAAGAUGGCCAGGCUGAUGGCGCCUUGUUCGGGCAGACCAGCCUGGGUCGCAGAGGCACGACCAUCGGACUGCAGAGGGACGCCAGUCUGCUCGAUGCCAUGCGUGCGCGUCGAGGUUCGGCCGUCGACUCGAACGACAGCAUCGAGUCGCAGCUCGACGAGGAGGAAGAGGGCCAUCGCGGCCUCGAGUCCUCGGCGUUCGCCGAGUUCGAGUGGGUCGACUGGCUCGACGAGUACCGCAAGAUGAAGGAGGCCAAGCUGCAGUCCGAGCGAGAGGAGGCCGAGGCGCAGGCGGCUGUCGAGACGGGCGCAACUGCGUCUGCCGACAAGAGUGCGGAUUCCAAAGAGGGCGGCACGCCGGACAAGGCGACGCAGGCCUCCAUCAAGGCAUCUGCAUCGGCUGCGCGUCGCAUGGGCAGCGAGGCCGGCGACGCCAGCCGCGUCGCGGCUUUGCAGAAGCAGCCUGCGGACGGACAUCGCUCCGUCUCGGAUCCACUCACACGCCAGAGAUUGCAGACGGCCGAAGCUGGCGACUCGGAGCAGGACGCGAUCGAUGCCCAGGAAGUCGAAGAAUCUUUGGCCGCACUCAGUCUCAACGAAGAUUCUCCGGGCGCAAAGGCGGCACCGGCUCGCGCAUCCAAGCCGCCCCAGCUAGGUCCCGCGCGCAGACCGGAUGGGCCGUCCCGCCAGGGUUCGCGCCCUGGCAUUGAUCCGCGCCGCAGCUUUUCGCUCGCUAGCGCGGAGCUCGCACGCCGUGGCUCCGGUCCUGGAUCUGCGGCAGCUUCCACGCUGGCGUCGUCGCCCGGUCCCGUCAAGGCAGGCUUUUCGCCAGUCAAGCGUCUCGGUACGGACAAAAGCAAGAAUCUGUCGCUCUCGCCCAUCACCAGCCGCGUGACGCCGUCGGCGCAGUACACGAGCACGCUCGGCUCCGAGUCGGCCUCCUCACACGUACAUGCACAUGCGGCAGGACGUGGACGCCGGAAGCAUCUUGGCGGCAAGAUCGAGGCGUGGUGGAGUGCGGUCAAGUCGGGCUUCACUGCGCCGGCCGGCGAAGGAUGGGCAAAGGCGCCUUCGACGGCGUCGCCGCGCGCAAACGAGGGUGCCAGUCGCACGACCUCGGUGGCUGCGCUGUCGCAGUCGCUCCAUCAGAGCCCGGCUGCCACGGCUGCGCGACGCGACGCGCCACUUCAUACUCGUCGAGAUGCACCGCGCCCGAUGCCUCUGUCUGCGUCGUCAUCGACAGCGCAGCCGACCAUCGCCGUUCCGUCGCCAACGCUCGUCACCCAGGUGCAAAGCGGCUUCGGACGGCACGUGCGCUCGCAGACGGGCAAUACAGCGCUCAGCGGCACCGAAUCGGUGCGGACGCUUCGGCCCAGCACCUCGGCUCAGAACCUGUGGAAGGAUCGCGGUGCCAGGGACGAGGAGCGCGGCACCGACGACGUCGAUGAGGCGGCAGCAGCCGACCGCAGCGACCGCCUAUCUGUCUCACCUGGCGCCGAGGCAAGCUUCGUGACAGUGCAGGAAGACACGUCGGCGCUCGAGCCACCUCAGUCGGCAUCGUCACAGCAAAGUCAAGAUACCCAUCUGACGGUGAGCAGCAGUGGCCGCCGUCGACAUCAGCCCAAGCUCUCGCUGCAGCUCGAGAAGGGUCUCAGCACAUUCGACGCCGAGGAGUUCGACAAGAUCGGCAAGGGCAAGUCGCCGUCCAAUUCGGAUCGGGGCAGUCCGACCAAGACGCCGCUCUCGGCCAAGUCCAACGAGAGCGGCAGCAGCGAGAAGGAAGCAGCGCGCAUGCUGAUGCCCGUCAAGGCAGACUCGCCGGCGGUCUCGCCGCGCAAGUCCUCGUUGCAGCUCUCGCAGGCGUGGAAUCCGAGCACGCGCGCUUCGCCGGCCAAGGCGCCGCAGGAGCUGCCGGAUCGCGAUGCGGCUUUCGAGUCUGACAACGAUGGUCGCGCGACCGCCAGGGCCAAGGCGGCGUCCAAGGCGAUCACAAUCAAUUCGAUCCGCCAGCACAUCCGACAUCGGCUGCUCGCAUCCAAGGAGAGCUGCGACCGCGAGCUGCGUCGCAUCAUCGGCGCGAUCAACAACUACGUCGAACUCGAGCUCGAGAGGCAGGAAGAUGACGGCCGUCAUAGCUUUGCAGACGACAAUCGCGACGUAGAGGAGCUGGAGGAGGUGUUUGUCGAUGACGCCGACGAUGCAGACGAUGCAGACGAGGCGCCGGGGGCUGCUGCAGGCGGAGGUGCUGACGAGACUCCUGCUAGCACCUCGUCUGUAUCGCGUUCGGCGUCCAUGUCGCGCGCAGCGAGCAACUCGUCCUCGUUCUCGGCUGGUGCGGCGGCAGCGGCGGCGGCCAUCACGGGCUCGGCGGCUGUCACGCAGCCGGAUGAGGGUCACGCGGAAGGCAGCGAUGCCAACGAGGCCUCCACGGAGCCGCAUGCACGGUCGCCCUCCGCCUCGCUCUUCACCUCGCCGAGUCUCGGCGGGCUGCGCGAGGCGGCUGCGCUGCGAUCGGCGCGAGAGUACAAGCUUCCGGCUCCACCGCCCGUCAGCCUAGCCGGCGCGACGGCCACUUCGCCGCGCACGAUCACCACGCCCACCUCGAAUCCGGCCAAGCCGUCGAACCUCAAUCCGCUCGGCAGAGCCAAGUCGCUCAGCCGCUCGGGUGCACGCUCCUUGUCGAACUCGCGCUCCACGUCGCGCUCGCAUUCGCCCAUGCCGGGCGUCAUGAUGACCUCGAGCGUGUCGGCGUCUUCCGGCUCGCCACGGCUUUCGCCGUCGCGCAGGACACGUGCGCUUCCGGCGGAGGAGGCGGGGCCCAAACCGUGGAUGCAGCCGCUGGAAGAGCUCGUGGCGGUCGCCAUGGACGUGCUGGAUGUCUCGAUCAACUCCCUCAUCGUACGGCCGGGCUCGUGCUCGCAGCUCAUCGCGCGCAUUCAGACCAUUGGCCGGCUGUGGGAUGUGCAUCCGGAGUGGGCGGGCAGAGGCUGGUUCAUCCAGAUCCUGCUUGCCGUCGCCGGCCUCAGCCGUGUCGUCGAAUGGUGGGAGGCCGAAAAGGGCUUCUGGAACUUCAACGACGAAGACGAGCAGGAUGCCGAGCCCAUCCGCUUCAUUCUGGGCGGUCAGAACAACGAAGCGACGGGCGAGGCGCACGACAACGACACCGCACGCUCGUCGGCCUUCUGGCUUCCCUCGACGGCCAACAGCCCAACCAGGGCGCGCGCCUUCUCGGUCGCGCAAGACAAGUCGACGAGUGGCACCGACUCGCCUGCGUCGGGCCUCUUGCUGCGAGACUCGGAGCUCGAUCGCGAGGCAGCGCAGCGCUUCGCAUCGCCGGGCAAAGGGCUUGCAGAUUCGGCGGCGGUGCACGAUCAGAGUGCCGAGGAUGCGGAUGCGGACGGCGACAUGACCAUCGUAGACCGCGCGCGACAGCCGCCGCAGCGCCAGACGAGUGCGGAGGCGGACGGAGAAGACGAGUCGCGUGUCUUGACCGAGGCAAUCUCGCGCAUGCAGAUCGACGAGCGUGACGACGACGACGACGACGACGAGGUCGAAGACGUCGAGCACCACGAUGAUGCGGACACGGCGACGCCGCCUGCGCCGCAGCGUUUCCGGUCUGCGGGCAUCAACGUGCUCAUGGAACUCAGCAUGGACGAUCAGCGCUUCCUCUAUCUCAGCCCGGCGUGGAAGACGGUGCUCGGGAGCGACCCUGCCGAGCUGUACGACACGCCGGUCGAGCAUCUGCUGGCGCCAGGCGAUACCGACGUGUUUGCCGAGGCAUCGAGACAGCUCGAGGCCAACCAGUCGCACACGGUCGAAGCCGUCUUCCGCCUGCGCGUGGAGAAGGCGCUGGUCAGCUCGUCGUCGUCCGCCGCUUCGACAGAUGGGCAGAGCGAGGGCAGCGACGCCGUCUACUUCCAGGAGAUGGAAGGCAAGGGCAUGCUCAUGAUCGACCGACAGAGCGGAGUGCCUUCGCAUUCGAUGUGGGUCUUCAAGGCGACAGGACCGCCGGAGCGCGAAGACCGGCUGCCGGAAGCUCCGCUCACCAAGGGCGGACGUGCCUUGGGCGUGGUGAUGGACGAGCCUACUGCGGCGCUUGCGCACGUGGCGUCCAUCUCGGUCGAGCCGGUGCUGUGUCGCAUCUGCGAACGCGACAUCCCCGCGUGGUUCUUUGAGAAGCACAGCGAGAUCUGCAACGAGACGCAUCGCCUCGACAUGGAGAUCGGCGAGUGCAACGAAGGUCUGCGCGAGCUGCGCAAGGCGAUCCAGGACCUGCACAACCGGCUGGAGAACUUUAGCACGCACAAGGCAGAUGCGCCGCCGCUCGAGUACCGCGGUGUGGCCAUUACGACGCCGCCGGCGUCGAACCAGCCGCCUUCGGCGCUCGAGGGUCUCAACCGCUCCAUCUCGCCGCGCCAGCCGGCGCCGGCGGCGGUGCGCAAGCUGCACCUGCGCGCGCUGGACUCGGCCAUCGAGGUGCUGCAGACGGCAUGCGACAUCUCGACGCCGGCGAUCAAGGACGAAUUCGCCGACGAGCCCAUCGAGAAGCAGCGUCUGCUGUCGCCCACGUCGGAGAACAAGGUCGUCACUGUGCAGCAGUGGAGGAGGCCGCCGCUGGACGAUACGGCGUUGGAUCUGCUCAUGGCCGAUGUCGAGACGGCGAUGCGUGGUAAGCUCAGCGCAGUCAACCGCAUGCUCAACACCAUCGUCUAUGUCGAGACGGUGCGACAGGAGUGGGAGGAGCGCGUCGAGGCGGCGCUCUCGGCUCUGUCCGAGGCAGACGAGGCGAGCGGCAGCUCCCGCGGCUCGUCGGCGUCGGCGUCCGACUCGGGUGGCGAAGACGUCAGCGAGGAGGCCAGCGAUCAGGGCGGUCAAGCUGCAGGAGAGGCUGCGCCGACAGGCGUGCAAGUCGAGCAAGAUUUGGCGACCGGUGCUGCGCCUGUUGCUAGCGAGGCCGAUGCGAAGUCGACGGCACCGGCUGUGCUCGAGACCAGCUCCAAGGAGGACGCGCCCGCAACAACCAAGCCCAACGCGCCGCAGUCCUCGCCCUUGCGCGGUCAGGCCGUUCGACCGCCGCACAGCCGCCUUGUGUCCACACUGUCGUCCAGCGCUGCUGAUGACGAGGCGGAGGCGAGACAGGAGGACGGCGCCGAGGAGGAGGACGGCCUGCUCUCGGGCUCGAUGCUGCUCGAACAGGAUGACCGCGAUCUGCCGGCGCCCACCUCGACUCUGUUCUCAGCGAUGGGCGGCGCGACGCCAGACGAAGACGACAUUCCGGCUGUCGACGACAAGAUGGGCGGCUCGUCGCAUCUCGCGCCGAUCCCGAUUCCGCGCAGCAGUGGAGGCUUGGCGCCACCACCCGCCACGGAGCUGCUAGCGCCGCGCUCUGUAAGCGGUGCGGUUGCGGCCGGCCCUUCGCAGCGAAGGUCGGUCAGCCGUCCGCGCCGUUCGUCUCACCUGCCUCCGCCAAGCGACGGCUUUGGAGGCACGCCGCCGCUCUCGCCGCACAUGUAUGGCGAGUCGCUGGGCGUGUCGCAUCGCCAUCACCGCAAGUUUAGCGUGUCGCACAAGAGUCCCAUGGCCGGCUCGAUGCCUCUCUCGCCGAGGAUUCCGCCGGCUGCACCUUCGUCGCGGCCCACCGCUUCGUCGAUCAAGGAUUUCGACAUCAUCAAGCCGAUCAGCAAGGGCGCGUUCGGCAGCGUCUUCCUGGCCAAGAAGCGCACGACGGGCGACUACUACGCGAUCAAAGUGCUCAAGAAGUCGGACAUGAUCGCCAAGAACCAAAUCACCAACGUCAAGGCGGAGCGUAUGAUCCUCAUGACGCAGAACCAGUCGCCGUUCGUGGUCAAGCUCUUCUUUACGUUCCAGAGCGCCGAGUUCCUGUACCUCGUGAUGGAGUAUUUGCCGGGCGGAGAUUGCGCCUCGUUGUGCAAGGUGCUAGGCGGGCUGUCCGAGGAGUGGGCGCGCCAGUACAUCGCCGAGGUGGUGAUUGGGCUGCAGCACCUGCACUCGAAGGGCGUCGUGCAUCGAGAUCUCAAGCCGGACAAUCUGCUCAUCGACCAAAAGGGCCACCUCAAGCUUACGGACUUUGGUCUCUCCAAGAUCGGUCUGCUGGGUCGUCAGACGCGCCAGGCUGCGGUGGCGGCUGCUUCGAGCUCGGCGGGCGGCGCGUUUGCGGGCAAGGGUCAGCGCACCGACUCGAACAGCGGGUCGCUGCCGAGCUCGGCGGCGUCGUUUGCGUCCGAAGCGCGGAACCAGGCGCUGUCGACGCCCGCCGGGACGACGGCGGGCGACACGGCGGCUUCGUUCUCGCCCAUGACACCCGGUCUGGGCGGGAUGAUGCGCAACCAGUCGUUCUUUGCGGCGCCGCAGCGCGGACGUAUCAUGAGCUCAUCGACGGACGCGAGCGACUCGGGCGAGUCGGACUCGCAGCGCGGUGUGCCGAAGCCGCUGCCGUCUGCGCGGAUCGAGAGUCCUGUCAGCCUGUUUGGCACGCAUCCGCUGCUGAGCGACAACCUGCGCGCGUCGUCGGGCGACGGUGGUGCGAGCACGCCCAAGCGGUUUGUGGGCACGCCCGACUACCUGGCGCCCGAGAGCAUUCUGGGUAUCGGCAUGGAUGACUUUGCAGUGGACUGGUGGGCGCUGGGAGUGAUCCUGUACGAGUUCCUGUACGGCGUGCCGCCGUUCCACGCCGAGACGCCGGAAAAGGUGUUUGACAACAUCCUGUCGCGACGGAUCGACUGGGAGGAGGACUCGGUGGAGGUGUCGGACGAGGCGCGCGAUCUGAUGGAGCAGCUCAUGUGUACGGAUCCCAAGCGGCGUCUUGGAUCUGGCGGGCCAGAGGAGAUCAAGAGCCACGCCUUCUUCAAGGGGUACGACUGGGACAAUGUGACGGCGGAGCCGGGACCGUUUGUGCCGCAGGUGACGGACCCCGAGUCGACCGACUACUUUGACCUGCGCGGCGCGAGCCACCAGGACUUUGACGACGAGCCGUCGCACGGGCCGCACGGCGCUCACGGCACGCAUGAGUUUGCGCGUGCCAUCGAAGGCAAGCCGUUUGUGCAGACGGGCCUGCCGCCAUCGCGCAUGCGGUCUCGGCUGGAGAAGGCGCUGCAGACGGACAAGGAGGCGGAGCACGAGGAUUUCGGCAACUUUAGCUACAAGAAUCUGCCGGUGCUCAAGCAGGCCAACGACGAGGUGAUCCGCAAGAUGCGCGAGGAGCAGAUGCCGGCGCUGACGCGGGCGCUGGAGCAGUCGGCGAUCUACACGCGCCACCGCAGCUUCUCGGCGAAAGGGCGGCCGGCGCAGCGGGUGCAUUCGCAGACGCUGGCAGGACCGCCGUCGCCGGCGCAGAGUGCGUCGUCGCAGGGCUCGACGCCGUCGCGUGGAACGGCGCCCACGUCGCCUUCGGCUCAGCUGGCGGGGCUGGCGCAUAGGCGGCGCACGUCGGAGCUGCCACCGCCCACUGCUGCGGUGCUGGCGGCGGCCGCGGCGUCGACGCCUGAUGGCGGCAGCCAGACGGAUCGCGCGUUGCCGUCGCCGUCGGCUGCGCUGGCAUCGGGGAUUGUCGAUCGCCGAAGGCAGCAGCUGUCGGUGAGCAUGGGCGAGCGGCCGUCGCUGCCGUCGCAGUGGGGUGCAGCGCAGGCGGGCGAAGGAGGCAAGAAGGCGGUGCCUCGCGGCUUUGCGAAUGCGCUGGGGAGUGCGAGCGCGGCGGCGGCAACGGCAGCGGCUUCACCCACAGCGGCGGUGUCGCCGACGCAGGCGAUGAGCGCGUUGCCAGCGACGGUGGGAGGCACGGGCCAUGGCGAGGAGAUUGCGUGUCUGAUCGCGGAGGACAACCCGAUUGCGCUGCGGAUGCUCGAGACGAUCCUGGUCAAGUUGGGCUGCCGAUGCGUGGCGGUGCGGGACGGGGCGGAGGCGGUGCGGCUGGCGAUGGGCGAGUCGAAGUUUGGGGUAAUGUUUAUCGAUGUGACGCUGCCGAUCGUGGGCGGGCAGGACGUUACGCGGAUGGUCAAGUCGACGCGCAACGUCAACUCGACGACGCCGAUUGUGGCGCUGGCGUCUUUCGACCGGGGCGAGCCGGUGGAUGCGGCGGGCUCGCUGUUUGACGCGGUGCUCGCCAAGCCGCUCGAGAAGAUGGACGUGUGCGCGACGCUGUCGCAGCUCGGCUUUACGCCGACGCAGGGCGCAGCGGCGGCCGAGACGGGCAGUGGACAGGCGACGGGCGAGGCGUCGGGUGUCGUUUCAGGCACCGCGAGUGCCGGCCCAGACUCGCGGCCGCUGUCGAGAAAGUCGACGCUGGCGAGGAAGACGGCGGGGAGCGCGGCGAGGCCGAGUACGCCGCCGGCCACAGCAGCAGCAGCAGCAGCAGCGGGAGCAGGAGCAGGAGGGUCGGGGCACCACACGCCGUACUCGUCGUCGCCGCUGGGCAGCUCGGUGCUGAGCUCGCGGCUGAUGGAAGCGACGGGCAAGGCAGGCAGGCAUCCGUUGACGAGGAGGAUGGGCGAGGAGGGCGGCGCCCGAGAUCAAGACACGGCCGAGACGCUGAGCAAGGUGGCCGAGAGGUUGUCGCUCACGUAG